CCUGUCAGGGUUGGGCUCCCCGCGGGCCGGGGCACCUGCACGCCGUGCCCUGGCCCGCUCUGGAAAUGCCGCUGCCCCCGUGGCUGCGCUGCUCCAGCGCCUGGCGGCUCUCCCUUCCCACGGCUAUUUCCUUCCCUGCAUCCUUGCACGGUUUCAUCUUUAAAUGACACAAGCCCUCUCCUUUUACCCUUCCUUGGCGUAAACGCAUUUUCAGGAAUUUUCGUAUUAAUUUCAUUUUUACUCCUUGAUUAUUACCUCUCGUUUUUCUUCCCUCCCCUUGCAGCCAGGCCAGCCAGAUGGGUUUCCAGGCUUGGCUGCCCCUGCCUUUGCCAAAGCAGCUGGUGGUGUUUGGGCUGGGGGACUGGAGCUGUUACUCUGCGGACACGAGCAUCGCAGUGGAUGUGCUGGUGUCCCCAGGCAUUGCGCCACAGCGGGUCGGCACGCUGGAGCCCACCCGCAGGUUACAGCAGGAGCUGCUAGGGUGUCAGGAGGGGCAUCUGGGAAAAGCUUUCUGAUUUCUGGUGCUGCUUGAUUCUGUUGUUGUUAUCCAAAAGCUUCUCAGGCCUGCUGGUCCUACACCAGGGUGUUUCUCUCUAGUCAUGAUUCCUUUUGGCUGCUUCCAGGAUUGGAUCUCUUUCACUUUGGCCUGUUAUCAUCUACUAUGGAAGCAGACAUUUUGUCCUGCUCAGUGUCACUUGUGAGCUGAAAAGCUGUGGUCCUUUGUGCAGGUCUCUGGUGUGGGAAGGUGACUGGAGAACAGAUAUUUUCAUGGCCUCGCUGAAAGAGAUGGACAAAGGCAACCCUGUGAGGCUUGUCCUGACUGUUAAUGGACAGCUACUCCAAGGUGUCUGCAGCAGUACACCUGCCCAUCCCUUCCUUGUACCAGAGACCACCCAGUCACCAGUGCUCCCAGCAGAUGAUAGGCCUCUUGGCCAGAACCUGGAGGAUCCUGCUGGGGUUAAGAGUCAGAGCUCCGAGGUGGCUGCCAGAGCAUCCAGGCCUGUGAAGAAGGAUGUCCAGCCACCACUGAGGACUGUAGUGGUACCCUGUGCCCUGAAGUCACCAGCUGGAAAGGUGGAAUCCAGUGAGGCCUGGAGGAAGAGUCCUGACCAAGGACCACAAAGAGUCCACUCCAAAAAGCCCAGGAAAGUUUUAUUUGAACCCACAGCAUCUGAGAGAGAUCUCGAUGAAGAAGAUCUGGCAGUGAAGGAGUUGCAAGGUGAGGAUUUGGUUCCUAGACCCUGGUUUGUCUUUUCAGUCACUCAAUGAUUCCUUCCCUUCAACAUCAGAAGCCUCUCAUGCUUCAUCCUGUAUCUCCCCAGUGAUCAAGAAUAACAAGCAGUCCCAGCCCUCGGUGGUGCCAUGCCAUGUGCCUCAGUGACCUGGGCACAGCCGUUCUCAUUGGUGGAGAAGGUGUCAAUCAACAGUCCUGCAGGGAUGCUCUCUGGAAGCUGGAAAUUGACAGUGAUCUAUGGCUUCCAGUGGGUUUCCAGCUGCAGAAUGCCAUGCCAUCGUGCUUGCAUGGUCACACAGCUACCUAUGACCCAGACACCAAGCGUAUCUACAUCUUUGGGGGCAUAAGGGAGGACAAAGACUACAGCAGCAUCUACAUUCUGGACACAGUCACCUGGAAAUGGCUCCUUGUGGCUGCUAAAGGGAGGAUACCAGUGCUCACCUAUCACAGUGCAACUAUCUACCACAAGGAGCUCUUUGUUUUUGGAGGAACUUCCCCCAGAAAGGCAUCACUGGCAGUUGCACCCUGCAGCAAUGUCCUCUAUGUCUUCAAUCCAGAGCAUGAAAUUUGGUAUCAGCCCAUUUCAGAAGGAGAGAAGCCUCUGCCUAGGCUUGGGCAUUCAGCUACUCUAUUGAAAAACAAGCUGCUGAUUUUUGGGGGUCGGAGGACUUCUCUCUACCUCAGUGACAUGCACAUUCUGGAUCUGGGUUUCAUGGAGUACACACCAGUCCCCCUCCUGGCAGGACAGCCUUCUGCACGUUGUUUUCAUGCAGCUCUGGCUGUGUCGGACCAGAAGGUUCUGAUCAGUGGAGGCUGCAAUGCCAGAGGAGCCUUGCAUGAUGCCUUUGUCUUCCACCUAGAUACUCUUUCAUGGAGCACAGUGAUCCACCACGACCUCUGCUCUGUUCCCCGAGCUGGCCACACGUUGCUUGACCUGACUCCUGCCCACUUGAUGGACAUGGACAAGGAGAACAAAGAGGAGCAGAACCUGCACACAGUGUUGGUCUUUGGGGGCUCCAACUGCGCUGGGACCUUUUAUAACAGCACAGUCAAGAUCCAACUGGACUUAGGAUAAUGCAUGAUUCUCAAAAUGAGCCUGAACAGGAAGGCUCUUCACCAGCCUAAAUACAGAUAUGGAUGGCAAUAAAUGAGUCCAAGCAACAUGGCAGUCCAUGAAUCUGUGUGUAGGUGAAUGCCACCUUGGUACAAGAGAUUGUGGGUUUGUAAAGUCUAAAGGCCACGGGUGUUGUUCUCCUAGGGUACCUGAUAUACAGUUUCUGGGCUCAGGUGCCAAAACAUUCAGUGAGAUCUGAGCUGAGUCUGCACAAGAACACAGACACAAGGUUAUGGGUUCCCUUCUUGCUGCACAGGUGUUUAGCUGGAAUUCCCAGGGUGCUUUCAGCUUUGAAGGUGACUUAGGUGUUUGGUUUCAUUUGGGAUGAGUGGAAUGGUAUUUACUGCUGCUAUUUGGAAAGUCCUUACAGUAAAAGUCCAGGCAUGAUUCUGGUUUGGAGGGAUUCUGAAGUGAGAUUCCCUUGGGCAACAGUCUGCAGCUGAAGGCUAGGAAAACACCUAGAGCAGUAUCUGAGGAUGGGGAAGAGAACAUAAUUUUCAGUGUAGAGGAGAGAGCUGGUUGUGCCUUGCUGUCUAUGGCACAAUCACCUAGCUUUGCUCUAGGCAAACCUACAAAUUCUGUGCUCUUGUGAUUGCAAGGGGUGACAGAGUUGCUGACUUAGCUCUUUGAAGACCCCAACAGAGGUUAAACUAUCUUCCAUCAGACUAAAUUUUAUUGUUUAUAUCCAUGGAACUGAUGACUGUGCUGUGGCUCUGGGGCAGCUCCAAGGAUAAGCACAGUGUGUACGCUGAUUCCCUGAUGCUCUUUCUGUACAUGGUAGAAAGAAGUAGUCCCUAUAGGGAAUACAGAAUUGGCUCAAUGCCUCACAGUUCGUGGCCACAUUCCCCUAACCAAAGCCAUACACAGGGAACUUCCAAUUAUUACGGAUACUUCUGCUUUAAUCUGUUUCAUGGAGAUAGACUGCAUAAAAAAAACCAAACAACUAGUAGCUGCAGGUGUUCCAGCACAGGCAUAGCUCCUGUAAGUCAUCCACACUACUUCCAGGUCCUCUGUCCUUCCCAGCCAGGUGAAAGGGAAACAGUAG